UCAUAAAUCGAUGUAAAGAAAUGUUCACAAGUUGGUAUGAUUGCAUUUAGUAGCAAGUGUAAACUUUAGUCUAUAACGAUAAAUAGUAUCAGAUAUUCUUUGAUGGAAAGUKUAAAUGGCUGAGGCGAAUGACUCCAUUCAGUGGACAUUAUACCAGAAAGUCUGUGAUAAACUAAAAGAAACAAAUGAUUUACAGACAUUGUCUGAAACAUUUGGUGGACUUAAUUCUGAUACGGAAAGAGUAAAGUUUGUUUUGGACCUUGGUGUYAUAGAUGAAAUUACUGACAUAAAGCCAUGCUAUAAACUCAAGUCCUCUAGUGAAUCCAAUGAACUUCGGGUUGAUGGAAAUAAGUUUUUUAAGAGCAAACAGUUUUGGAAAUCAUUAGAGAAAUACAAUCAGAGUGUCCUGACUGCAACUGCUGAUGAUAACAGAACAACAUCAUUUGCAUAUGCAAACAGGUCAGCCGUUCUUUUCCAUCUUGGUGAAUAUGAACUUUGUCUCAAAGAUAUCCAAAAUUCAAUUGAUUCAAAAUAUCCCAAAGAAAUGAUGCACAAGCUUGUUGAUCGUAGAGCAAGGUGCUACAAAGUWCUUGGAAGGUCAGAGGAAGAAAUCAAAGCAUGCAGUAAAGCCUUGGAGUAUGUUGAGGUUUCUGAUAUUACAGGCAAAGACAAGAUCUCAUUGAAGAAAGUAAAUUUGGAGAAAAAUCUGUGUUCAGUAAAGAGUGACCUAAGUGUUUUUGGUAAAGAUGUUCCAGCUCCUCCCAAAUUGACAAGCUUUAAUGACAAGUAUAUUGCAACUUCCAAGGCAUUUGACAUAGCAACAUCAUCCUCAAAAGGGCGUUACCCUAUUGCMGCUCUAGAUAUCGAUAUAGGAGAGGUYUUGGUGGUUGAGAAACCCUUUGCCUCAGUACUUCUAGAGGAAUGUCAAGCWACUCACUGCCAUCACUGUUUCCAAAGAACUCUUGCCCCAUUACCAUGUAAACAGUGUUCAUCAGUCAGAUAUUGUAGUCUCCAGUGUGCAACGCAAAGCUGGACACUUUAUCACUCAUUUGAAUGCGAGAACUUAAAUCACAUCUACAAGGCUGGUAAAUAUGGGCACCUUGCUUUGCGAACACUGUUAAUAGCUGGAUUAGACCAGUGCAAGGAAUUAGAUCAUACUAUUGGUACAAGUAAUGAGCUGAAAACAUUUGGGUUUAACAAUGCAGGAAUAUAUGAUCCAUCUGAAUACACCACAAUAUAUAACUUAGUUGGUCAUACAGAUGUAAGGACAGUUGGYGACUUAUUCCGCCGUACAGUAAUCGCUGUCUAUUUGCUAAAAUGUAUUGCACAGACAGACUUCUUCCAAGGUUCAAGAGUCAAGGAACYGGGAGGAAGUGAAAGCUUACUGACUGCAGGUGGGAUUAUCCUUAGACACCUGCAGAGCUUCCCRUGUAAUGCACAUGAGAUAGCAGAACUUCAACUCUCUAAUAAAUCAGUGGAAACAUCUGUAACAAUGGAGAUAGGUGCUGGUAUCUAUGCAACAAURAGCCUGUUUAACCAUUCCUGUGAGCCUAAUGUCACAAGGUUCUUUUAUGGUGACAAAUGUGUUGUCCGUGCUCUGACAAGCAUAACAGCAGGCCAGGAAAUUGCAGACAAUUAUGGUGUCCUUUCAGCUUUAACUCCAAGGAGUGAACGUCAAAGAAGACUUGCAAGUCAGUAUUAUUUUGAGUGUCACUGUCAGGCAUGUGAUCAAGAUGCUCCUUUGUUUGCUGAUAUUGCUACAAUAAAACAUCCAACUUUACGCUGUGAAUUCUGUGGGUUUGCUUUACCAACAAGUGAAAAAAMGAUCACUUGCUGUAAAUGCAAUGUUGACCAAAACAUCACCUUGAAAAUAAAGUUGUUAGACAAAUCAGAGCAACGCUUCAAAGAAGCAGUGGACAAGCUAUUUCAAGGAGAUGUUGCCAACUCACUCCCACAAAUACAAGGACAUCUGAGAAUACUAGAGAAGAAUGUUGUACCCCCCUGGCAAGGUUUUAACAGUUGCAAAGAACUUAUAAAACAAUGCUACAACAUGCUUGCAAAUUGUCAUAUCGUUGAUUGAGGACACCAGAAGUUUGGGAUGCCUGUCUGUUCAGAUAUCUUUGUCUAGUUCAGUAUGGAAGUUCCAUCAAAAAUGAAAUAUUCAAAUAAUAUUUUAGGUUGUAGGUCACUUUAAUAAGUACCAAAAAGUAGUAUAAAAACAUUCAU